CCCCAAUCCGCCUGCCCCUCCCCAACUGCGAAACAAGAAAACAAGAACAGCAUCCACCAUGGAUGACCUCCAGUCUCUGGAGCUCUUUUCGCUCGUCUCGCGAAUCACCGGAGAGCUCCAGAACCACUUGGGCGUCAGCGACAAGACCCUCGCCGAGUUCGUCAUCGACCAGCAUCUCAAAUGCGGCUCGUUCGCCGAGUUCAAGCAGAGCCUGGAGGAGAUGGGUGCCGAGUUCCCGCAAAGUCUGAUGGAAAGUAUCGAUCGUCUCGUCCUCACGAUGCAUCCCAAGUACAAGGCCAAGAACGCACAGGCCCAGAACUCGUCUGGGGCGCCUGGCGAUGACGAUAUGGAUAUCCUGGGGGCCCUCGAGAAGAAGGCGCGCGUCUUUAAGGGUCUCGCUGUUCCGGAUAAGGUGCAAACGUGGGAUGAGGAGGACUAUGUCUCGCGGAAGGAUGUGCAGGAGAGCGAUGCGAAAGCCGACGCGAUGGACGAUACGUUUGCGAUGCUGGAAGGGCUGGCGGGCAAGGCGCGCGAGGACAAAGCCCCCUCUUCGUCACGGGUGGAUCGCAGCAGCAGGAAACGGAGUCGGAGCCCGGACUACGAUAACCGCGACCGUGACCGUGACCGUGACCGUGACCGUGACCGUGACCGCGGGCGCAGGCGCAACGACAGAUACCGUUCGCGGUCGAGAUCGCACAGCCCUCAUUACGGCAGGAGAGAGGCUGAGGAUGAGGUGGACGAGUUUGGCAGGUCGAAGAGCAAGUACAGCAGCCGGGACGACGGAUAUCGCAAUGGACACAGUGAGCGCAGGAGUCGCCGCGACCGAGCGGGCGAUGACGACUAUUUCCGCAAGCCUCCGCCGGUCGAGCUGGAUGACCAGCCUAUCCUAUACAAAGUGUACGAUGGUCGUGUGACGGGCGUGAAGGACUUCGGCGCAUUCGUCAAUCUGUUGGGUGUGAAGGGAAAGGUUGAUGGGCUGGUACACGUCUCUGCGAUGCAGGAGGGAGCGCGUGUCAAUCAUCCUUCGGACUUGGUAUCCCGCAACCAGCCAGUUAAGGUCAAGGUCGUCAGCAUACAAGGCUCUCGCAUUGGCCUGUCCAUGAAGGAGGUGGACCAGGUCACUGGCAUGGACCUGAUUCCUCAACGGCGUCUAGCGUCCGGGGCCAACAUGGAACGCCUCGAUGGUACCGGCGACAACGACAGAUAUGGUAACUUGACCUCGGAUGUGCCUAUCAUCGAGGACUCAGACGGCAGGCCUAUGAAGAAUCGGAAGCGUUUGACGUCCCCUGAAAGAUGGGAGAUCAAACAACUCAUCGCUUCCGGGGCUGUUUCAGCGCUUGAUUACCCUGACAUUGAUGAAGAGUAUCAUGCCACUUUGACCGGAGAAGGCACAUUUGAGGAAGAAGAGGAUGUUGAUAUCGAGGUUCGCGAUGAGGAGCCGCCAUUCCUGGCGGGCCAGACUAAGAUGUCACUGGAGCUGUCCCCCAUUCGAGUCGUCAAGGCACCGGACGGCUCCAUGAACCGAGCCGCAAUGGCAGGCACAAACCUGGCAAAGGACAGAAGGGAGCUCAGACAGCAGGAAGCCCAGGACAAGGCGGCAGAACAAGCAGCCAAUGUUGAUCUCAAUGCGCAAUGGCAAGACCCGAUGGUGGCGCCGGAGGAGCGCAGGUUCGCUGCUGAUCUUCGGAAUGCUCAGCAAGCGAAACCCGACGAGGCUGUACCCGAAUGGAAGAGAGUUACGAUGGGCAAGAACGUGUCUUUCGGAAAACGGACCAGCAUGUCUAUCAAGGAGCAGCGGGAGAGCUUGCCAGUCUAUAAGUUCCGCAAGCAGUUGCUAGAUGCUGUUCGUGACAACCAGUUGUUGAUUGUCGUUGGUGACACUGGCUCCGGAAAGACGACACAGUUGACACAGUACCUGGCUGAAGGUGGAUACGCAAACAAUGGUAUCAUCGGCUGUACGCAGCCUCGCCGAGUAGCUGCCAUGUCUGUUGCUAAGCGUGUCGCGGAAGAGGUUGGCUGCAAGCUUGGUGCGGAGGUUGGAUACACGAUUCGUUUUGAGGAUUGUACUAGUCCGGAGACGAAGAUCAAGUACAUGACCGACGGUAUGCUUCAGAGAGAGAUUCUUCUUGACCCGGAACUUAAGAGAUACUCUGUGAUUAUGUUGGAUGAGGCCCACGAGCGAACCAUUGCCACGGACGUUCUUUUCGGCCUGCUCAAAAAGACCAUCAAGCGACGCCCUGACCUCCGGCUUAUCGUCACCUCCGCCACUUUGGAUGCAGAAAAGUUCUCGGAAUACUUUAACGGCUGUCCGAUCUUCUCUAUCCCGGGUCGUACAUUCCCGGUCGAGAUCAUGUACUCCAAGGAGCCCGAGUCCGAUUACCUCGAUGCAGCCUUGAUUACAGUCAUGCAGAUUCACUUGACGGAACAUUCGGGUGAUAUUCUUCUCUUCUUAACAGGCCAGGAAGAAAUUGACACAGCCUGCGAGAUUCUGUACGAGCGGAUGAAAGCCCUGGGAUCAAGCGUACCCGAGCUUGUCAUUCUCCCUGUGUACUCCGCUCUGCCAAGUGAGAUGCAAAGUCGUAUUUUCGAACCUGCACCUCCAGGUGGCAGAAAGGUUGUCAUCGCGACGAAUAUCGCCGAGACCUCUAUCACCAUCGACAACAUCUACUAUGUUAUCGAUCCUGGUUUUGUGAAGCAGAAUGCCUACGAUCCCAAGCUCGGCAUGGACUCGCUGGUUGUCACCCCUAUCUCACAGGCGCAAGCCAAGCAACGAGCUGGCCGUGCAGGAAGAACCGGUCCAGGCAAAUGCUUCCGUCUUUACACUGAAGCGGCCUACCAAUCCGAGAUGUUGCCUACCACGAUUCCUGAAAUUCAGCGCCAGAAUCUCUCCCACACCAUUCUCAUGCUCAAGGCAAUGGGCAUUAACGAUCUUCUGCAUUUUGAUUUCAUGGAUCCUCCACCAACAAACACUAUGCUGACUGCCUUGGAAGAACUAUACGCGCUCUCUGCACUGGAUGACGAGGGUCUUCUGACUCGCCUGGGUAGAAAGAUGGCGGACUUCCCUAUGGAGCCCGCUCUCGCUAAGGUCCUGAUUGCCUCGGUCGACAUGGGGUGCUCGGAAGAAAUGCUAAGCAUUGUCGCCAUGUUGUCAAUCCAGUCAGUGUUCUAUCGUCCAAAGGAGAAACAGCAACAGGCCGAUCAGAAGAAGGCCAAAUUCCACGAUCCGCACGGUGACCACUUGACUCUACUCAAUGUUUACAAUGCAUGGAAGAACUCGAAAUUCAACAACGCAUGGUGCUUUGAGAACUUCAUUCAAGCGCGUCAGAUCCGUCGUGCUCAAGAUGUCCGUCAGCAGUUGAUGGGCAUCAUGGACCGGUACCAUCACAAGAUCGUGUCCUGUGGCCGGAACACUACCAAGGUCCGUCAGGCAUUGUGUACGGGCUUCUUCCGCAACGCGGCUCGCAAAGAUCCUCAAGAGGGCUACAAGACUCUAGUCGAAGGCACCCCGGUCUACAUGCACCCCAGCUCCGCGCUGUUCGGAAAACCUUCUGAGCACGUCAUCUACCACACGUUGGUCCUUACGACGAAGGAGUACAUGCAUUGCACCACAUCCAUCGAACCCAAGUGGCUGGUCGAGGCCGCGCCGACGUUCUUCAAGGUUGCGCCGACGGAUCGACUCUCGAAGCGCAAGAAGGCCGAGCGCAUCCAACCUCUGCACAAUCGCUUCGCCGGAGAAGACGAUUGGCGUCUAUCUGCACAGAGACGUCAAGGCAGAGGUGGUGGUGGUGGAACGUGGGGUUAGUGAUUCUGUUUGGUGCUGGUUUAGACUUCAUAUUUCCUUAUUUUUCAGGCAUGUAUAUGGCGAGGUUCCCAACGCAUACCCCUCGUGAAUUUGUGAUAAAAAAAAUUACUGUCUUUCUUGUUGCGGGGUCAUAAAAUGUAAUACUAUGAGUCAUGAUCUACAAAAUAUUUUUACUCUGCAGAUGGCUAGAGCACCGGUCCACCCCCUGUCAGGUCGACCCCGAAAUCUGAUGAUGAGUUAUACGACUUAUAUUCGAGCCAACCUGCAAUUUCCACGGUC